AUGGACGCUGUUAUUCGAGAAGCCCCGAUAGGGCAGAUCAUUCGAUAUUUGACCAACAACAAAUAUCUGCAAUAUCCCGAGGAAAAGCCCGGAUUCCAGCUACCGGAAACAUGGGUUCAGAUGCUGCACAGCCUCGACGGCGCGAAGAAUGGCUCUGAAAAGCCCGCAGACCGCGAACACCAAUCCUUCGACCGCAGUGAAUCAAGUAGCAACCGGGACACAGAGAUCAGCCGCACCCCGACAUUAAAUGCGGAAGAUCGACUCGAGGCUAAUGCGAUCGAGCUCGAAAAGGUCCAGUCGAUCCCCGUCGCCCCGCGGAAGACCAGAGACGGCACAAUCCUGGUGGAUUGGUACUACACAGAUGAUGUCGAGAAUCCUCAUAACUGGGGAAACGUCAAGAGAGCGCUUAUCACGAGCAUUAUCUGUCUGUACACGUUCGUUGUAUACAUGACAUCCUCGAUCUACACAAGCUCGGAACAAGAUAUCAUGGAAAUCUUCCACGUCGGCGAGGUGGUCGUUUCUUUAGGACUUGCCCUCUACGUGCUCGCCUACGGAUUGGGCCCAUUGUUUUUUUCUCCUCUAGGCGAAAUCCCUGUCAUCGGCCGGAACCCCGUCUACAUUGUCACAAUGUUCCUCUUUGUGAUUAUUUCGAUCCCCACGGCCCUUGUCAACAACUUCCCUGGCUUGCUGGUGCUUCGUUUCCUGCAAGGCUUCUUUGGUUCUCCUUGUCUCGCCUCGGGAGGCGCGUCGAUCGGUGAUAUGUAUAGCUUGAACGCUCUGCCAUACGCCAUGAUGGCCUGGGUAUCCGCCGCCUACUGUGGCCCAGCCCUGGCCCCGCUCCUCAGUGGAUUUGCUGUUCCCGUCGAGAACUGGCAUUGGUCGUUGUAUGAGUCGGUCUGGGCAUCGGCCCCCGUGUUCAUCGUGAUGUUGCUUUUCCUACCCGAGACUAGCACGCCGACGAUUCUGCUUCGCCGGGCACAUCGUCUGCGGAAGAUCUACAACACAGAUCGGUUCAUGUCGCAGUCCGAGAUCGACCAGCGCAAUUUGAAAGUUUCCGAGGUGGCCAUCGACGCCCUGCUCAAGCCAAUGGAGAUCACCAUCAAGGAUCCAGCCGUGCUGUUCGUCCAGGUUUACACCGCUAUCAUCUACGGCAUCUACUAUUCCUUCUUCGAGGUUUUCCCGUUGGUCUACCCCGUCGACUAUGGAAUGAGCCUCGGACAGGUGGGCCUCGUCUUCCUGUGCAUCUUGGUGGCCUGCAUCUUGGGUAUUCUGUCCUACAUGUCCUACCUAUACUUCUACCAAGGGCCGCGGAUUGCCAAGUUUGGAUUCCCUGUCCACGAAGACCGACUUAUCCCAGCACUUCCCGCGGCCGUUGGCCCCACGGUGGGCCUGUUCCUCUUCGCGUGGACAGCCAAUGCGUCCAUCCACUGGAUUGUGCCCACCAUCGGCAUCACCAUCUACGGCGGGACUGUGUUCGUUGUGAUGCAGUGUCUCUUCGUCUACAUCCCCCUGAGUUACCCCAAGUACGCGGCGAGUUUGUUUGCGGCCAAUGACUUCUUCCGGAGUGCACUGGCUUGCGGAAGCAUCCUGUUCGCGCACCCUCUGUUCGGAAAUUUGGGGGUUGCGCGCGGAACUAGCGUUCUGGGUGGCCUGAGUGUUAUCGGUAUCGUGGGCAUAUGGCUGCUUUACAUCUAUGGUGCUCGUCUGCGCUCUCUGAGUAAGUUCGCUGAGUCGGAGGAGCCUACUUUUGAGCAAUGA